CUCCGACUGACAAUGCUCGAGUGAUAUGCCUCGAGGCCGUUGCAGGGAGUGACCUGGAUGCUGUUGGGCGCCGCCUGAUCACUCUGCAAGGACGAGCACUCCGCUCGCAAUGGCUUGAUCCCGCCGAAUAUCUCCAGCUGCACAUCGAACAAUACCUAAGACCGAGUCCCGCCCAAUAUGAAGCUCCUCUACCUCCUCCCUGCGCUCCUGCGCGAGACACUGGCAUGGACCGCCCUUUCCGACGCGACUUUGAAGUCGCUGCCUCUCCCUGGCGCCGACUUCGACAUCAAAACUGGCUCGCUCCUCGCCCCGAUCCUGAUCCCCCGCGUGCCAGGCACACCGGGGUCGACAAAGGUGCAGAACCACUUUGUGGAAUUCUUCAAUACACAACUUCCCAAAUGGAAGCUAUCGUAUCAAAACAGCAGUGCAACUACUCCUACCUCAAGGGGUAAAGAAGUCCCUUUCGUCAACAUAAUCGCAACCCGCGACCCACCCUGGGCAGAUGGGGAAGGAGAUGUCUCGAGACUUGCCUUGGUCGCCCACUACGAUAGCAAACUCUCGCCGAAAGGCUUCAUUGGUGCUACGGAUUCUGCCGCCCCUUGUGCCAUGUUGCUGCAUGCUGCGAGGUCGAUCGACGACGCUUUGACGAAGAAGUGGGCGAAAGAGGAAGCAGAAGGGACCUACAUGGAUGCCGGAGCUUUGGAAGGCUACCGAGGUAUACAGAUCUUGCUCCUGGAUGGAGAGGAGGCUUUUCUGCAGUGGACACAUGAAGAUUCGUUAUACGGUGCCCGAAGUCUGGCAGAAGAAUGGGAAGCUACGCAGUAUGGAGCACUGAGCAACUUCCGCAACCCGCUGAGAUCCAUUGAUCUGUUCGUGUUGCUGGAUCUGCUAGGGAGCAAGAACCCCAAAGUUCCAUCUUACUUCAAAACUACGCACUGGGCGUACCAGAAAAUGGCCGAUGCGGAGCAGCGGUUGCGUAAAGCAGGAGUGUUCAAAAGCAAAGGAAGUGCGUUCCUGCACGAAGGUGGCAAAUCGAGUACGGAUUAUUGGAGCGGAGGCAUGGUGGAAGACGAUCAUCUCCCGUUCAUGGCUAGGGGUGUGGAUAUUCUGCACAUCAUUACAAGUCCGUUCCCGCAAGUCUGGCAUACAAUUAAUGAUGACGGAGAGCACUUGGAUAUGCCCACCGUGGAAGACUGGGCUAUGUUGACGACGGCCUUUGCGGCGGAGUGGAUGGAUCUCGAGGGCUAUUUUGACAUGCAAAGGGUUGUGCCUAGUGUUGGAGAACGAGAUGAGCUGUGAGUUGCACGUCAAUCCCGGUUGUGGUUACAAUGAGACUUGUCACGAGAAUCAUGCUGAUAGACAACGUAGAAUUAGCGAUACAAGCGUAUGAUAGCGA